GAAACGUAAGCAAUGCCCUGAUAUUCCUGUCUCUUCGUUCGAGACUAAUGAUGAUAUCCAGUUUGACGAAGGAUGGGAAAUUAUUAUGAAGGGGAUAACAAAGCUGAAAAAGAUGAUUGCUGAAGGAUCAGAGCCUUUGCUCACAGCAGAAGAAUUUAUAAAGUUGUACACAGUUGUCUAUAACAUGUGUAUACAACGAUCUGAUCAUUUUCAACCGCUCUAUGACAAAUUUAAGGAAACAUGUGAAGAUUUUUACAGAGUGACUGUAGAAUACAAUAGUUCAAUGGAUCAAUCUGAAGAGUUUAUUUUGCGGGAUCUUGUUAAGAGAUGGGGAUGUUUUAAAGUUAUGGGUUAUUGGCUGCCACGCAUCUUUCAGUAUUUUGAUCGCCAUGGCAGGCGACUUUCUAAGCUAAAUGAAGUACUUGGAGUUUACAACUUUGGUGAUUUGGUUUAUCGGAAGGUGAGUUCUUAUGCCACAGACGCUAUAAUUCGUCUUUUUGAUAAAGAGCGAAAGGGAGAGGAGAUUGAUAGAGAACUAGUGAAGAAUACGAUAAAUGUAUUUGUGGAAAUUGGAAUAUUGAGACAAAUGGAUGCUUAUGAGGAGGACUUUGAAGCAGUCAUGCUAAAAGCUGCUGGAGAAUACUAUUCUCCUUUAGCAUUGAGUUGGAUUUCUGAGGAAUAUUCUGAUAGUGAUUAUAUGUUGAAGGCUGAGGAAUGCUUGAGGAUAGAGAGAGAGAGGGCUACACAUUACUUGCCUUCGAUGAGGAGUCAGCAGAAGCUGGUGCAGAGAGUGCAACAUGUGCUGUUUGAACCUCUUCUUAGUAAGUUUAAACAGAAAGUUACUACGCACUUGAUUCAAGAUGCUGCAGAAAAAAAGGCUUCUUCCGAUGGAGCUUGCAUGCUGGAACAGGUUCUUUUUAGAAAUUUAAUCAAGCUGCAUGAUGAGUAUAAGGCAUAUGUCAAUGAUUGCUUCAAAAACUACUCCCCCUUUCUCAAGGUUUGGAAGGACGCUUUCAUGGUAUUUUUCAAUAGAUCUGUUGGUGAGAGCUCAAGUGCGGACCUACUUGCUAGAUUCUGUGACAAUCUCCUUAGAAGGGAAGAGAGUUUGAUGAGUGAGCAGGAAAUAGAAGAAACUGUUGCAAAGGUUGUCAGCACGCUGCUUCCUUGUCUCAGUGACAAAGACCUCUUUGCAGAAUUCUACAGGAAAAGACUUGCUCGUCGUCUCUUGUUUGAUCGUCGUCUUAGCAAGGACCAUGAGGAGAGAAUUCUGACACAGAUGAAAGAGCAAUGUGGUGCACCGUUCACCUCAAAGAUGGAAGGAAUGGUCACAGAUUUGACAUUAUCUGAGGACAUUCAGAUGAGGUUUCAGGAAUAUCUGCAGAGUAAUCCAACUUUAAAUCAUCUGGAGAUGGAUUUGACAGUGACUGUUCUUACAACUGGUUUCUGGCCAAGUUAUAAAUCAUUUGAUGUUAAUAUUCCUGCAGAGAUGGUGAGAUGUGCUGAAGUUUUCAAAGGAUUCUAUGAAGCAAAAGCGAAGCACAGAAAGCUUACAUGGGUUUACUCAUUGGGCUCGUGCAACAUUGUUGGGAAGUUUGAGCCAAAAAAAGUUGAAUUGGUUGUGUCGACCUAUCAGGUUGCUCUACUCCUACUCUUCAAUACUGCAGAAAAACUGAGCUAUUCAGAAAUAGCAUCUGGGUUAAACCUUGACCACGACGAGUUGGUUAGAAUUCUACAUUCACUCUCAUGUGCUCAGUACAAGAUUCUUAUCAAGAAGCCAGACACAAAGACUAUCUCGCCGAAUGACGACUUUGAGUUCAAUUCCAAGUUCACACACAGAAGGAGAAAAAUCAAGAUUCCUCUCCCACGAGUGGUGGAAGAAAGGAAAAAAGUAAUCAACCAUGUUUGCAAAGACAGGAGAUAUGCUAUUGAUGCCGCAAUCGUGCGAAUUAUGAAGAGCCGGAGAGUUUUGGAUCAUCAACAAUUGGUUGCAGACUGUGUUGAGCAGUUGAAACAUAUAUUCAAGCCUGACAUUAAAGCAAUUAAGAAGCGUGUUGAAGAUCUUAUCACUCGUGACUACCUGGAGAGGGACAAGCAAGACUUUAACUUGUUGAAGUAUCUUGUGUGAUCAUUCAAGUAGUGUUGGUGUAUCUCAUGAAAAACGUACGUGUGUAAAAUUGAUUUUCCGUAGUCAAUUGUUGAAAUAUAAGAAUGGAAAACCUUAAGCCUGCCGAU